AUGAGUGAAGAAGAGUAGUAAUUAUAAUCUGGAAGUGGAAUAAAAUAAGAAGCAGCUAUAAAACAUCGAAGAAAGAAGGAGGAGAUAGAGAAAGAUUUCAUUUGCGGCGAUCCAAAUUGUGGCAGAAAGUAUGGGACGAAUGCUGCCUUAUAUACUCAUAUAAAAAACAAACAUAAUGGUGUACCACCUACUGGAACUGUCAAACCUUCUACAUCCAAAAAGACUAAGGAAUAAACUCUUAUGGUUGAUUAAGUGGAUGAUGAAAUAAGCAAAUCAGUGGCUACUAUGAACGAUCCUGAUUUUAUGAAGUUCACUAUAAUGAUUAGCAAUUUGGGUCAUUUCAAUGAUAAAAACAUCAUCGUUAGAGACGCUCAAGAGCCUUGUUUUUAAUUGGAGGAAGAAAAGUUGUUGGAUUUAUAUGAAAAAAUUUUGAAAGGAAGUAAAUUAAUCUCAGAAACUGAAGGCAAUUCUGUAUUUACUAAAAAAGCAGAGAUGUAUUUGAAAUUUUCAUCUCCCAUCUGGAAAAAGCAUAUAAUAAAUGAAUUAUAUACUGUGUUGAUAUAUGCUUACAUCUUUAGAGGAGAAAAUUUUGAUACUAUUGAAAAAGAUAUAACAAAUAACUUGGCCAAUUAUAAAUUGUUUUCAGAAUUGAUUAAACAAGACAAAGUUGAUUAAUUUAGAGAAGUAUACACUACAAUCUGGAAUUUCAUCACAUGA